AUGUUCACUAACACCGUGCAGCCGAACAUCAUUUCUCUAUUCUCUUCUACAAGCAGUGAACCUCUUUCCCUAUUUUCACAGCAGACAGACAGGUCUCUCACUGCAGAUUCAUUCAUCCACUUUCUGAACGAUGCGUCCUCCCUACCAUCUCCAUCUCCACCUGCUGUUCUCUGCUCGAUGCCAGCACUCGAUGACAAUGAUGAACCAAAUAUUGGCUAUAGCCUACAUCAGACUGUCCUUCAUAUCCAAUCCCCAACUCUCCGGAUGACCUUCAUCCGGUCCCCACCUAAUACAGAUCCCGGUGACAGAGAUUUAGGCUUAAAGCAGAAAUGGCUUCAUUUGCAAGUUCGAAAUGUGGGCAGGGAGUGGUCUUUCGAAAUAGGUAUCGUUGACAAGUGCGUGACAUUUAUGAUUUCUCCCGUUCUUCGGUAUCAACCUUCGAUGCAGACCCUGAAGGAACCCAAACUUACAAUAUCUCCUGUUCUGAAUGCGCAACCGGUCCUUCAUCUGCCUCUUUCAUUUCCACAGCCCUCAUCUCGUCCCUUGACAGCAUGGUCCACAAUUACGCUCAGCCUUCCGUCCUUGAUACCCCACUUUGGCACACUUGCUAGCAUGAAUCAACCCGAUGACGGCGAAGGCAGUCGUCAUGACACCAAUCGUUCAGCAACAUUUUCAGCGACGAAUAUCACUGUCCCUAGUGGGACAUAUUCGCACUUGUCGUACAUCAAGAUUUAUGCGACAUGUCGUUUACGAAGAAUAUGGUUAAGUGAUCUUCUCCCAGACUCACAAGUGCCAUGGGAGUUUGAGUUAUAUGGGGCUUAG